AGCUUUUGCGUGCGUCAUUUAUUCAAAUUACAAAAACCAGCAACAACCAACCAAACAACUCUUUCAAUAGUAUUGAAUUACACAAAACAAAAAAUGUCAUUUAUGGCAAGGAUAUUAAUUGAACAGAAAAUGAAAGUUUGGUAAUAUAAGAGUUACAUUGUUAGUUGCAUGUUAGUAGUAGAAUAUUGACCAAUGCAGUUGUAUGAGCAUUGUUUUUGGGUUGCAAUGAAAACUUUCCAUCUAGAUACAUAGCUUUUUUGUUAGAAUUGUGCAGAAAACCUAUCAGCUGUUGUGUAUACAUAUGAAUGUGUAUACGUAUUGCAUUGUGUAUAAGUACUGUUGCCUCUUGCACUCAGAUCACAAAUGUUGCUACAUUUGUUUUUCCAUGCCACAAGUCUGGCAUUGUUCUUUUUGUUUUGGCUUGUUUCUUUUUUUUUUUUCUUUUUUUUUUUUUCUGUGCACCAAGUGUCCUCACUUGUUAUAUUUUACAUUAAUGAUGUAUCUUUUAAUGUAGCAUCAUUGCAUCCUGUUAUUUUUACAGAAAUCGAUACUAGCUGAGGUUUCUUUUUGCACAGAACCCUGUUUGCCUUUCCUCCUCCUCCUCUCAGCGAGUACCACGAAAUGCAUUUGCAUAUGGGUGUGAAGAGUGUAUGAUUAUAAUAGCCUGUAUGUGUCCUGUUGCAACACAUGACAUUUCGGAAUCGAGUAUGACACAAAGAUACUUGCUAGUUUGGAGUGUAUUGGCUUUUGACUUGGGAAUGUAAACAACAUAUUAGUACUUGCCAUAGAUGCCAUAGGAUGGAAACAUCAUUUUCCAGUCAUCUCUAGCUGUGGGUGACUAAGUCAGAAAGCGGAGCAUUGAAGAGACAAAUGAUGGCAGAAGUGAGAGAAUGACAAAAAGAUGACCAAGAAGAGCAUUUGAGGGAAUCCAGAGUUUCUGCAGCGCUGAUUCAUUUUGCUAAAGAUGGCUCAGACGUGGUCAGUUCUGGCUGCACUCCUUUUCUUGAUUUUCAGCCUGGUUGAAGGGUCAGGGUGAAUCCUGGCCUCCCCAAUGGGUUUUCAAAGCCCAUAUUAAAGCAAUAGGAAACUGCUGACCAAAAAAAGAUGAAGGACUUGUAGCUCAUCAGCAUAUAUCAUGUACCUGCACAGUAUCCACAGAGGAAAGACACCUUUUCCACUGCAUUUCCAGUCUUCAAAGUCAGUGACAGCAGGAAGCAGGACCUGGAAAUUGAAUAUAACUUAUAUGUGGCUGCACAGAGCAAUAUGUCCCCAAGGCUGCCAGUACACUUAUAACAUUGUGAAUGUGGAGGCUGGCCAUGAGGCUGUGUUGACUUGUGCUUCUAUCUCCAAACUGUAUUUGAUAAUGGUGACAUGGGAGAAAAAAUCCAACGCUUCCUGCUCUUUGGCCUAUAGAAAUGAUCUCAACGAGACAAGAAAGUUAAACUGCAGUGAGAGGAUGAUGUGGAAAUAUACACCUGACAGGGACCCUGCUCUUCGUAUUUACCCCGUGAACCUGAGUGAUGAGGGAAAUUACACCUGUGAAAUUGCCAGUGAUAUGGGGAAUUUUCAUUUUUCCUCUUCUCUGUCUGUGAUAGUCCCUCCUACAGUGACUCUGACCUCUGACAAGAGCAGAGUGGCUGUCUGCCAAGCUGCUGCUGGAAAGCCAGCUGCCAAAAUCUCCUGGAUCCCUGCAAGUAAUAACAGCUCUGAGGAAGAAUUCAAACACGGCAAUGGAACAGUGACCAGAGUCAGCUACAUUGGCUGGGUCAACAGCACGCACACCACUGUCACCUGCCUGGUUACCCACCCAGCUAUGAACCAGAAUCUCUCCCUAGAUCUGUCAUACUCUUCCUCCAGGCUUCACUAUCCCCUGGUGGCACUGCCUGCAAGUGUUGCUGCUAUCAGUGGUGUUGGUGUGCUUUUAUGCUUAAUUUUCACGUGCAGAGCUUUCUGCUUACGUAAACUGGCACAUGGGCCACCAGUACCGGUUGCAACUGAGAACUUCAGGUCCACACCAUCACAUAAAAACACACCUGAAGUCAACCCCCAUGUCUUAGAAGAGGAUAUCUAUCAGAAUUAUGGAGCAGGAAAUAAAUUUAUGAACUAUUAACAAUGUAGGCAUAAGUGGUCUAAUACCAGCUCAGCUACUAAUGGUACAGUUACUUGAACUUGUCCUUGAACUAACAAAUCUCAGAUCUCAUGCACAGCAGGCUAGCAGAGUACUCACAUACUCAACGCUGUCCUAGAAAAGGCUUUGUCCUUCCCGACCUGAAGACAGUCAAGGGAGCAACCUGCUUUAGUAAAUGAUUCCUCUCUUCCUGUAAAUAUCAGAACAACUCUCGAAAUACUUGCAACUUCUAAAGACUGAGUUGGAAAAACACACGAUUUUUUUUUUUUUUUUUUUUUUUUUUUUUGGAAAAUGGACUUUGAGGCAUGUGCUGUUUUCCCUCAAAUCAAUAAUUGACAUAUUUUUGUGAUCGAGUAAGACUGCUGGUGAAAAUGUAGCACCUCUGUGUAGUCCAUUUUAGUGACUGGAUUCUCUUUGCAAUUCAAUGCUGGAAACCAGAAAGUGACACAAGGGACCCUGAAAAGGCCAAGAAAACCUAUCCAGCAGAAAUGCAGAAAUAAGACUUUUUUCUAGAUAGAUAGUUACAUGUUACAGAUAAAUAUCUAGUAUUUCUUUUUUUUUUCCUUUAAUAUAUAUCUUUUUCAAUUAAACUUUCUAUUUGCAUUGACAAUGGCAGAAAAAAUGAGCAAUUUUCUAAGAUUAAUUUAAAAGUAAAAAUAUAAAUAUGCAAAUAUUUAUCUCAAAUGAUUUCUGGGGCUAUUUUGGUAACUCUUUACUGACCAGAUGACACCCUGGUUUUAAAGAGAAGAGCAGUGUUAAGUUGUGAAAAAUGCAGAUGGUGUGCAUGUUUUAAAAAACACCAACAACUAAUCAAACCACUUAUUUCUUCUCAUCUCCCUGUUCCCAAGCUGAAGAAAACCACAGAUUGUUUGAUAAUUUCAGUUUUCAUAAGUCAGGCUUGUGAAACCUUUUCCAGGCACUAAUAUAGCACUAAGUAUGAAGUAGGCAUGAAGAUCCCUCAGUGCCUUUCAAUUGCAUUUCACUUUAUCAGCUCUAAAUAGACAAGGAUGAGCACCUACUGACACUGCUCCAGGCUUUCCUUUCAGUCGCAUCAGAAGAGCAUGAUGAGCAACUCCCUGGCUUAUGACAAGUGCCUACAGAAGGUAGUCCAUUCAUCCCUGUUGUGUAACUCAGUGUAGCCAUUCUUGUGGUGUUAAAUGUCAGUGGUGGGUUACUGUCUCAGAGCUGUGUACAGCUUCUUCAUGUCAUCUGCUGGGAAGGAGAUGUACCUUUCCAUGUAUACAGCCUCUGGGAGAAAUACGUGACAGCUAGCUUGAAAUUAGUGAAAACAGGUUUUCAGUGAUUCUACUUAGGAAAAGUGUUCAGUAGCUUGAGUGAAAUUCACAGCUGAGUGUAAGGGAGUGGUUUCCCAGUUCUGCUGGUCUGUAGUUGGCAGUGCAUAAUGAGCACAAUCCAGCAUCCUUUUUUGUUCUUCCUGUUAACCUGGACCUUUCACAGCCAGGGUGCUGUCAAGGAGUCAGUUGUGUCUGAAAGCCUCUUAAAUAGGGAAAGAUCUCAUGUUUCUUAGGGAACAACCUAGCUGGGUCUAAACCAGGGUUUCUACAGAUGCUGCAAUUUGAGUCUGUCUUAUUCAGAAGCUGGACCAUUGCAGCCAGACAUCAGGAUGAUAUAGUUGUCAAACUGAGGAGAGUUAGGCUAUGGAGCAAUCUGGUUUUGAUAAUCAUGGUGCACAGAUGUUGUGAUUUUAAGGGUGCAAAGCAAGAACUUCUCAUGGUCCCUUUGCACCAUGUGGAAUGUUGAACAGUAAGAGCUAAAGUAGACGUAGGAAAUAAAACUUAGGGAGGUGAUUGUGUCAGGGAAGCCCUCUGGAGAAUCUCCAUCGUAAUAGUUACCCAUGGCAGAGAAGCAUGGUUUCCAUGUCCAUGAUUUUAUUUUCCCUUUUAAAUUAUAUUUGGUGGAAUUGGUCCAGUCACCUGCAACAUGUCAACAUUUCCAUUGACCCAGAAAUUCUGAGGAGACUUUGUUUUGGAUAUGCUAACACACAGUGCUCUGGCAAUGAGAUAGGUCCUUUUGUGCCACAGGUAUGCAGUGAAAUGGGUUCUCCAGGCGGUUCUACAGCUCUAAACAGCCAUGCUGAUGAUGGUUUACUUUAUUUCUUAUUUCUGGGAUGGCCCAAGAGCCACUUCAGCUGCAGCCUCUCAGAAAAUUAACUUACAUCAUGGUGGCCUGGUCAGGCUGCAAUUGUCACCUGUUCUCUGCCAACAAAAAGCUUAUUACCAGCCCACAGCUCGGCCAAAGCCACAUGUGGCAGGUGUUAAAAGGCCUCAGCUGCCUAAUUGUCAUAUCUUCCUUCUGCAAUAAAAUUGGCCAUUGAGCUUUUCAAGCUUGCUGUGUAAGAUUAAUAAAACUUAUUAGGGCAAAGAGAAUAAUGCGACUGGUGGGGGUGAUUGUAAAAAAGGCUGGGACAUGAAUGGGGCUUCUAGACAGAGCAUAAUAAUUGACCGAUCUUACUUAAUUUUCUGCUCACCUUUGUAUGCAUUGAAGUUGUGGCAGAAGCAGUAGGCAGUUUUGGAUACGGAGUUCAUUUCUUUGUAGCUAUGUGAAAUUCACAGGAGCUUUUUGACCACAGGAGUGUGUACUACUACAUACUAUGUACAACUAUCCAAGCUGUCAAUGGGUGGUAACUGUUCUAGUGGACCUAUUAGCGCUUCUAAGGGCAUCGUCAUUGAAAGGAGGAAGAUGGGAUGAGCCAAGCAAUGGGCCUGUGAGCGUGCUCAGGAAAGAAGCCCUUGGUGCUUGGGAGAAGAGACACAGGUCUGUGAGGUGAGCAAAUUUGUAUGGAAGCAGUGAGAAGAAGACAGGGAAGGUUGGAGAAGGGGUUGACAGAGGGGAUCAAGACAGCUAGGGUUUAACAGAGAGCAAGCAUGAUGGGUUGUUGCAGCUUGAUACUUUAUGCUGUGACUAAUUGCUUUUUCUAUUCACUCUGGCUGUCACUGGGUACCUUAACUUCUGACCAUGACUGGUGAAAGACAGUUUUUUGUCAUAUGGGAAGCUCUUCUCUCAGGUUUUGUAAUGGGGAAGUCAUAUUGAUGUCAACCAAAGAGUCCAAAUUGUGUAUUUUAACUCUUGCAGGAAUUUGGUCUGGAAAGUAAUCAAUUUAAGGAUGCUGUUAUGAUUAUAUUAACUGAGUUUUCUUUUUUUUUUUUUUUUUCCUUUUUCUCCUUAUUUGCACACUUUUGGUAUUUUUAAAUAGAUUUUAUCUACGUGAAAAGCAAAUUUAAGCAAGGUGAAUGUUUUAGAUUGCAAAUUUCCAUGUAUUCUAAUUGUGAAAAUGGCUAGAGAAAUGCUGACUUUUUUGAAUAAUUAUUGUGAGAGAGCUUCUGAAAGGAGAUGGGCAUUGGAAUGAGCUAUUAGCACUUUCUGACAAAAAAUAUGGCUGGGAGUGUGAGGAUAUGAUUUUUAUAGUAGCAAAAUUAGUCCCUUAUGGGGUGUAACCUGCAGAUGAGCAAGUGGCAGUUAUACUUCAGAAACUGUGCUUCCAGAGAAAGUGCCAACAAAAUCGAAUGCAAGGUGCAUUUUUUGUGUUUUAUUUUAUUUGAUGUAUGUAAGUCCUGUAAAUAAGAGGUGGGGGGGGGAUUGACCAAACUGUAUGCAUUCAGUCUGUCCCUUUCCUCCUGUGUAACUCUCUGUACAAUAUUUACUCCCCAAGAGCAGUCCUGUUGCUUCCUCUGUCCUGUUUCAGCUGCUCAGUAAGCACACACUGAUGUGCUGAAUAAUGCUGAAUGUAACGGGUGUCAGAUGACUCUCUUCUCUUCAUCAGUCUCCAGAAAUACUGAGCCUGGAGAUCUCCUGCUCCAGAGCUGUUGCCACAGCUCUGCCUUGCCACUGCUGUUUCAGGUUGACUGUUUAGUUAAAUAUAGAGUUGACAGAACGUCACUUGUGCUUUUUAGCACUAGAUGAUUGUGGCUGGAAAGUCUCCUGUUUGUUGGGUGGACUCUCACCCAUAAUGUUUAUAGGGCACUCUUGGUAAUAGUGAUGAUGUCUACUUUCUGAUUCAUCUAUGAGCAAUUUAUCUUUUGGUAACAGCAGAUGUUGCAAAACUGUGGUGCAGUUCUUUAUUCUCAUUCUGUUCAUUGAAUUUGGAAGAAAACAAUAGCUGAGAAAAUGUUGAGUUUAGAACCUCAAAAAUUGGAAUGCAAUCUCAGAUUAUGAUUAAGCUUUGUUUUAAACCCCAAUUUUCAAUAUCAGGACUGAAAUGAAGAAGAUAAAUAAUAUUUUUCUGCAGAUUUUGGAAAUGAGGCAAAUAUCCUACAGGUAUUUGUCAGUUCAGUGAAAAGCUGUUUCUAUGUUGGUUUUUCUUCCAGUUGUAUUUUUUGGUCUGUUUUUCUUUCUUUAUGUUUUUUUUUUUUUUUUUUUUUUGUAUCAUUUGUCAUAGCUUUUCUUCUCUGAUGAGAAAAUACUACUUUGCUUGUAUAUCCUAAUUACUGUAACUCCUGUGGAAUACUGUCUUGCCUUUUUUUUUGUUUGUUUGUUAAUUUGUGAACUUGUCUUCAGCUACUUGGCUUGGUGUCCACAAUAUGUAUGCAUCUUUCAUGCGCUGGAGGUCAGUGGAGAGAACAUGAUUUAUCCAGGUGGAAUAUCUAUUACAUUUCCUAUCAACUCUCUGUCCUGGAAUAGUCCUGGAGUAGUUAGUUUGUGUUUGUGCUCUUAAUGUUGGGUCUUAAAGCAAUUACCCACUUUGCUCUUUAUUUCCUGAGAGUUGUCUCACCAGUGCUCUGAUGCACUAAUUUUCUCAGUUUAUUGAUUUUAAUCUUCUCCAGUGAUUUUACCAUCCAGUUCUCUUUCCUCCUUUUUAGCAUCAAAGGCAAUUUCAUUCUCUAUUCAGUUGCUUUAGUAGGUACUAGUUCCUUUCAGUGAAUUAAGAAAAAAAAAAAUAUACAUAUUAUUUUUUUUUUUUGGUUAAAACAAUAUGUUUCAAACUGUGAUUUGCUUUGCAAUUUACUAGUGCAUUUCACUGAACUGGUAGACAUACUUAACCCGGGUCUCCUCAAUUCUAUUGGCCAAUACAAAGUAAGAAAUUAAUCUCUCUCUUUAUUGUAAACCACUGCUGUGCUUCAAUGCCUACAAAUCCAAGCUUACCUACCAAAUCCAAAUGCAUAGUAUACAUCAUUUUAUAUGACCUUGGGUGACGUCUGUCUUGGAUUAUUCUGCAAAAACAUCAUAGACAAAUUAUUUUUUUGACUCCAUAGUUUCCAUAUUGCUUUGUACCACUCAAUCCCAGCAACAGGGAUCCAUGAAAGCUCAGAAACUAAACAAACAUUUAUCAUUGAGGCUUUUGAGACAAACUCAGUUAUCGGUGAUUUUACUUAGUUCAGAGACAGAAAAAAGCACCUCUGAUACAAUGUCAUACUUUUUUUUUUUUUUGAAUGGGACUAUAACUGUGUCUGUUGCUUACACUGUUGAAAAUGCUUGUUGAAAACAAGAAAUUGUGGUCCUAGCUCCAUCACAGAAAACAGAUGCUAUUUACUUGAUUAAUAAGCAAUAAUAUUUUCAGAAAAAGAGGCAAAUGGUAUUACAAACCACAGACUUCUUGUGCAUUUACAAACAUGAAGCUUUUCCCCAACGACAGUAGAGACAAACAGCAUAAGGAAGAUUUUUGCUCCACUUCCUCCAGAUUCCCUUUCUUGUCAUUAUCAAGCUAUCAGUGUGUCUGCUGCUUGGUUUCCCAUGUAUUUUCUGGUUGUUUUGAUGAUGAUAUCAAAUCCGCUCGCGCAGAGUAUAACACAGUACCCAGAGAAGCUUGUUGGAGUUCCUGCUUCAGACUGGAGCCAGUCUGACUUUGCUCUGACUCCUCGUUCCCGGUCUUUUAUUUUUCUGUGAAAACUUGUGUUAUUCCCCGUAUUAUAGCACUGAUUCUAGCUCCCAUGCCCUGAUGAUAUUUAAGCUGGAUGCUCAGCGUAAGAAUUUUGAAACAGCCAGAGAUUAUUCAUUAUCUCUUGCUGCAUGAGAAGUAAUGCAAUAGAUUAUUCCUUUCAUCAGGAUCUACUGGGAUAUCUGACCUGAGUCUCACCAACUACAGUCAGUAGUAUCUUUGGUGACAAGGGUCUUGAAAAGCCUGAGCAGGUUUCCCAGGAGUCUGAUGGGUAAUUUGCCUCACAGUUGCAGAGAUUGUAGCCAAACCUCUGUAUCUUGUUCUUUGUCUCACAACCAGGAAAUGUCUGCAAAACCUUUCCAAGGUGCAAGUACAAUUGCUGUACUCCUCCAAAACUUCCCAUCCCUCUGUCUUUUAUUUGAAAAAGAAACUAGGCUUUCAAUGCAAAAGCAUCUUGCUUGUAGAUGUUCCUUGUUUGCAUGUGUUUACAUUAAUGUUAUAUCAGCAGCUGAUAUUUUGUAGAUUCUUUCUUAUGUUUAAAUGCUACAAAAUCUUCUGCCAAGUAGGUCCUACUGUCUGUAUCUUAGUGCAUCAAGGAAAACACAAAUAUAAAAAUUUAAUUCAUUUUCAGAAGGACAAUCAUUUUGCUUUUCCAGGUGAUAAUGCUGUCAACUGCCGAACAGCUCUUCAAGAAAUACUUAGUAUUAGAGCAAGUCUGGGAUCUCAUUUACUACAAAAAUUCCCACAGUGUGUUGUGCAGAAAUCGCUUUGUUGUGCCCCAACUUAAAAUAGAGAGGGACAGCUGAUUGCCUGUGACAGAGGACGUUGGUUUGUGUUCAGGAUGGGCAGGGGAAGGUGGUUUUGUUCUUCACUCUUCUGUGUUCAUCUGCAAGAAAGAUUUUACUAACGUGACUGUUAUUUGUGCUAGUCCACCAGACUAUGGUCAGAGGCAGAUGAAGAAUAGGUACCCGAAGAGGUAGGUUUUUAUAGGCAGAUAAGAGCAACACUGCUUUUCCUCGCUGUGAUGAGGUAUUACUGGACCUCCCGCUCUGUCUUGGUGCCUUUGCCAGCGGUUAUCUCUCCCAGGGUACGGGUGGCAGGGACUGGCAUGUACAUCCAGUUCUCUACUUCUCAGUUUUAUUCUACAUUAUUUUUGAAAGCCUAAGACAUGGGCUGGGAUGCCUCUUAGCAAGUAUUAACCUCAGCUAUUUUCUUCCAAAAACGACAAACAGGUGGAUAAGCAGCAGAGGAAGAUACUGCUAGAGCCCUUUGUUAGGAAUGGUCCUGUAUAAGAUACAUACUCAAAUACUUCAGGCUGUUGCAUCAAGGUAUCACCUGAGCAUGUCAUUUGGGAUGGUGGCUGGGAGACAGAUAUAACAUGUUCCUGCAGAAUAGAUACUUACCAGCACAGGGAUGCUCUGGUGAAACAGAGUCCCAGUAAAAUGCUUGAUGAAUAAUCAGAAGAAUCACCCUUUUUAUCAAAGGAAAUGCCUUCCUCUGCUUCACAAAUAAAAGUUUUAAUCUGAUGAUGUUGGAUAUAUCAUGGUCUCAUUUACACACAUGGGUGGAGACUGGAGGCAGGAAGAGAGAUGGUGGCCUUUUGUCUUACUUACAAAGAGCCUAAUGUUCUUUGUAGUAAGAUUUGCCUUCAGGAAUCCCAGGCCCCUAAGAUCAGUGGGAAACUGCAGCAAGGAAGGCUGGCUCUCAGUAGAGGGGGGUCAGGUUGGGGGACAGUUAAAGUAUCUGGACAUGCAUGUGCUGUGGGGAUUGGCUGGUGUCAUCGUGAGGCUGCUCUUGGUUGUCUGAAAGAUCAUGGCCUGAGCUGCAUGAAGCAAAUGUUUCUCCUACCUUCCAGAAGGGAAAAAAGGAUGAUCCAGGGAACUACAGGCCAGUCAGCCUCACAUUGAUCCCUGGGAAGAGAUGGAGUAAAUAAUCCUGGAAAAAAUUUCCAAACAUACUCAGGACAAGAAGGUGGCUGGGGGAGGUCAGUGUGGAUUUAUAAAAGGGAAAUUGUAUUUGAACAACUUGUUAUUUUUCUAUGAUGGGAUGAAUGGCUUGGCGUGUAAGGGGAGAAUGCUGGAUGCUGUUUAUCCUUACUCUAGCAAGACUUUUGAGCUGUCCCUCAUACCAUCCUCAUAGACAAACUUACCAGAAAAGUGAACAGGGAGCUGGACUGGAACCUGACAGGCAAGACAGGCUGUGAUCAGCAGUACAAUGUCUGGCUGGAGGCCAGUCCCUAGUGCUGUACCACAGGUUGAUACUGGGUCUGAUGCUGUUUAACAUCUCCAUUAAUGACCUGGAUGCUGGUGUAUCCUCAGCGAGUUUCUAGUUCAUACAACACUGGCAGGAGUGGUUGAUGAACCAGAGGGUUGUGCUGUUAUUCAGGGGAACCUCAAGACACUAGGAAAAUGAGUUCAACACGAAGUUCAACAAAGGGAAAUGCCAAGGACUUUGUUGUUUGAAAAGUGCUUUGUCUCUGCCUAAUAAAUAUUGCACAUGGAUGUAUGUUCCUCUCGUGUGUUUCUGGGUGGGAAACACAUGAAUGCACUGCAGGAUAGGAUGAGCAAUCAAUGCCUGCAUGUUUAGAGUUGUGCAGUGUGCUUCCAGACAGUCAGGUUUUUUCUUGUAACUGAGCGUUUUUUACCAGCGUGGUAAGUUGCUGCACAUAACUCCUUGCUUUAGCUGAGACCCAGUGAUGCUUCAGUUGAACAGGACUUCCACAUUGUUUUUGAGAAGAGGUUAGAAUAGGAGGAUACUUGGGCUUCAAAAAUAUUUACAUUUACCCACUACUGAAACGUUUAAAAAGAAAUAAAGCUUUAACAAUGAUAAGUCUUAUUCACUAACAGAGCUGUAGUAGGAAAGAGGAUGCUGUAAACAUAGACUCCACAUACUGAGGCAUUUUAUGCUGAUGAUACAUCUCUAGAUCUCACUUUAAUCUUAUCACUCUGUACUGAGCUCUGAAAAUUUAAUUUCCACUUGCUCUAUUCUCCCUGCUGGCAGUACAUACUACUAAGCAAACAAAGGUAAGUGCUUUUUGAAUUGAUUUUUGUCUGACUGCUGCCACAGUCCCAACAGUGUUUAUAUGCCAUAGUGUAGUGUUUGUAUCUGGCUGUAUUUGCAUUUUUGAUUUACAUGUGUAAGGAUGAAAGAGAAACUGUGUAGGAAAAAAACAACAACACUAAAAUCCUUUCAAUAUUAAAUUUGUCAUAUAGGAAGUAUACAACCCUCUCUUCUGUGCAAAACAAGUGACCCCAUGCAGAACACUGCUUAGCAGAACACUGCUUAGUUCAGAAACACAUUGCUUGUACUCACUUCAUUUCUUGUGCAAGAGGAGUGUUGUGUGGAAAAACAAUGAGUGAGCCAGUUACUGAGAGACUCAGGUCUGGAUGAUUGCCUUUGUCCUCAAUUUGCUUGAAAUAUUCAAAUCAGGCAGAUUAGAAUCAAACAACAGAAAUUAGUGCACUGUUAGAGCUGCCUCCCUUAUCGGACAGGUUAGUGCCUGCAGAGCUGUGAUACCUUCAUGGGCACUGCCUGUCUCCAGGUCUGAAUCUCUACCAGCUGCACUUGCUAUCACAUUCUUUAUCACUGUCAUGCUUGUAUUAUCAACAGUGGUUUCCUAUUUCAUGGUGAUACAUACAGCAAAAAUAAAAUUGUGCACAUAUAUGCAAACAUCUUUAUGUGGCUAUGCAUGUAUGUUUUUCUAUGUGCAUGUGAAGCUGUGAAUAUAUACAGAAAAUGUUAUAUUUUUUUCCUUGAGAAAUUAGUUUCUUAAUUUCCCAUGAACAGAACAUCUCAUUAUAUAUAAAUGUUGUGAAAGACCUUAUUAGCCAGAUAGACACAUGAGGGAUAAAAUUAAAAGUUGCUGUGGAAACCGUAACCUGAAAUAAAUCUUUUUUUUUUUUCUGUGAACUCAAAAUCCCAGUCUUUGUCUUCUAUUAAAAUAUUGUUUGCGUAUAAUUUCUUUCUUUAAGAAAAAGAAUCUGAAUUGCUGAUACACAAAUGGAAAUCCCAUCUGACUGUGACUGUAGAGUGCGUCUCAGACUAAUGGAUUUUUUUUCUUUUUUUCCUGUGAGUAUUUUAAGCCCCUUUCUUGUCUGAAUAUCAGUCUGAUGUAAGGCAGAAAAAUUUCAUCUGUGGUGGUCAUUACUGCCCAUCUACGCCCAGCUUCAGCUGUUUGAAAGUGUUGCCUUCACCAGACGAAACAGCCCAGGGUAGGGUAUCGAGGAGGGAAGAAGAAAGACUAAAGAUGAUGUUAAGACAUGGAAAAAAUAUUUUUCUAAAUACAUAACAUUCUUUAUUUCUCAGCUGCAGCUGUCAUCAUCCUCUAGCACAUUCUCAGAAAACCACGUAUUUCAAAUAUGGCUUGUCAAAUAAGCAAAAAGUAUGUACCAACUGCUCUGGUACUGAGAGGCUUGAUCACAGUAAAGCUGGUGUCGAUGUUCCAUUCCUGAUAUUCUUCUGUAGUUGUUAUUUUCUGUAGUCAUCUGUUGGCAGAUGCAUUAACAUUAGCAUUAGUUUGGGUCAGGACUGUGCUUUUGAAGAGAAACUCCUAAUGGUCCGUGCUUACUGUCCUGGGUUCACAUUGUCAAACAGCUUUGGGGCACACAGCCAACUUGCUUAUUUUCUGACGGAACUAAAGCAGAAGAUACACCCCGGGGGUACACCUAAUGCUCUCCAGCUGCUAGUGGGUGCUCAGUUCACAGGAUCAGACUAGAGCUAGCCCAAAUGAAAAUCCCCCCCAACCCAUGUUGUCAAACCACUCCUGCCGAGCCUAUGCAGCUGAUGAGAUAAACAUAGUUUUUGUUAAAGAACCUCUUCCUGUAGUGUGAUUUUUUUUUUUUUAAUCUGCUUUGUAUGCAAGAAAUAACUUGAGCAUCAGCCCCAAGAAGGCACUGAAAACUGCUGAUGUGCAGUGCUCCUGUAUUUAAUCUCUCUCUCUCUCUCUCUCAGUGAUUACACAAAGGAUAUGCAUGGAAAAGAACAGGGUCUUACUGAGUAUGCUCCUGGUAGGCUCCUUUCUGUCCAGGAAAAGGCAUUACAGACUGAACCUUCGGGUGAUCUGGUACCCCUGGAUUGCUCAGCAAGAAAACAAAGGCUGCAUGCAGGCACUGGUGCCAGCUAAACCACAUGUUUUCUUCAUAAAUGUUGGAAUAACACGGAGAAUGAUGUAAUACAAUCUGUACAAUUAUUUGCAAAUGCAUGAGUCUCAUUUGACUUAUUCAGUAGUUAAAAAAAAAAAAGUAAACUGGAACAGAAUUACUACUGUUAUCGCACAACAGCUUGCAGCUAAAAAGCCAUUGUGCAUAAGUGCAAAUUGAGAAUUAGCAUAUCUUAAAAAAAAAAAAAAAAAAGGCCAAAUGCUUAGGCUGCAUUGACUAGUGACAAUGACAAGACACCAGUCCCAGCUAUGGAGCUCGCACUCAGAAAACAUUAUAUGUACUGGCAUUAUGUAACGGGCAGGCAUUUUUUUGC